UUGAUAUUAUCAUCAUCUGACAACACAUGGGAACUUGCGCGUCCAAGGCGGGGCCGCGCAGCAUGGACACGUGGGCCGCUGAACCAGAAAGCACCACCGGCGGCGGUGCUUCCAUGGAGGAGGAUCCAUCUUCGACAUCGUCACCACAUUAUCAUCAUGUCUACGUUCAUGACGACAGCGUUCCCGUCAGUUGCGUUGUCCAUACAUCAGGCCCCGUCUGCGCGUCGGGCUGGGACGACGGGACGAUCAAAUUGAUUGAUUUCUCAUCCAAAUCAAUCGUACGAUCGUGGGCGGCUCACAGUCGCAGCGUCAAUCGGCUUCUCGUGGGUCCUCGCACUUCCAGUCUGUACUCGUGUUCGCGUGACACGACCAUCGCUCGCCACAGUCUAACCGACGACAAUGCCAUUCCCACGACCUUUGCCGGACACUCCCUCACCGUGUCGGCGCUGGCCAUCGACCCUUCGGAAGGCCACCUCGCGUCCGGCAGCCGCGAUACGAGCGUGAGUCUAUGGGACGUGGCCACUGCCACGCGUCUCCAGAACACAUCGACGUCGCAGAACAUCGUCACAUGCAUGGCGUGGGUGCCGUCGGACGCGCACGUGGUGGCGCAGGGAGGCGAGGACCUCCACCUCCGCCUCUGGGACGCCCGGACGUGGAAGAACGUACAGACGAUCGACGGCUACGUGUACUUUCCCCUGUCGCUGGCGUGCUCACCAGAUGGCUACUACUUGUUCACGUCGAGCAAGGGGUUCAACGCUGUGGGAUGCGAAGGCCGAGUGUGGGACCGCCGCACCGGCAAACAAGUCGCCGAGAUGACGGGCCACUCCCAAGAUGCAACCGCCUGCGCUUACAUUCCGGGGCAGUACGACAUGCGCCUCAAUCGUUUGCAUCAUCAUUGAUAGGAUGACGAAGUUGCAUGGAGUAGUAGUAAUAGUAGUAGUAGUAGUAGCACUGGUGAUGGUGAAAUCGGCGGACUACUCCUGGCGUUCAAUCGAUGGCCAUCCUGACCAGUGACUUAUGUAGCCCCGACGAAGGCAUCACAGCGUCCAAGGACAGCUCCGUUCGAGUGUGGAGCACAGUGUCAGGGAACCUCUUGGCCUCGACGCAAGACGGUGCGGCGGCCGCCAUGUUUACAAGCCUGUCGUGCGUGGAGCCAGCGACGGCCGACGACGGAGUCACCCACAUCCUGACGAGUUCGUUUGGGGGACGCAUUGACAUGUAUGCGUGGGACAGGGCCAAGCAAAGCCUCGAGCUGGUGUAGCUUAGAUUUAGCCGAGUGGUUUGUUACCACCGUUGGGCAAUAGUACUGCAGGGUCUCUCUUACAUGACAAGGAUUGCUAUGACAUGCACUGGUGCCAAU